AGAUUUGUUUUUUUAAUUUUAGACAAUGGAAACUGCAGCCAAGCUCCAUCUCCGUUAGAUGAAAACGACAACGACAAAAACCCAGAAAAAUCAGGAGAAUGUAAUUUAAUGAAACAACGCUCAAGACGAAAACCCAGGGUGUUAUUUUCUCAGGCGCAAGUGUUUGAAUUAGAAAGAAGAUUUAAACAACAACGAUAUCUAUCCGCACCCGAAAGAGAACAGCUAGCAUCCUUACUCAAACUAACUUCUACGCAGGUGAAAAUCUGGUUCCAAAAUAGAAGAUACAAAUGUAAACGCCAGAGACAAGACAAAAGCUUAGAAUUGUCUUCCAUGCCACCAAGGCGAGUCGCAGUUCAAAUGUUGGUCCGCGAUGGACGGCCAUGUUUGCCGCAGAACGUCCCCGGAGCUCCUUAUUCCGCGUCAUACAGUAGUCCCUAUUAUCCCUCAUCAUUGAACACUCACGUCUCAUCAGCUGUUCCCAUCAAUCCUAUGCAACAAAAUCCCUACGCAAAUUCACAAAUACCCCAAGGCAUACGAUCUUGGUGAUAAUAUUUGUAUUUGACCUCAAUUUGUUGUAAAUAUAUAAUAUAUUGUAAAUAAGAGUUGUAUUUUGAAUAAGAAUAUGUGAAAAAGGAGUUGUGUUUCAUGACAAGACAAUGCAUUUCGUCAAAGUUUAUGAUACAAAAUGAAAAUCAAAAUUGAAAACAAUAUUGACCUGUGUAACUGUCAUGAGCAUUGUAUGUAUGGAUAAAAAAGUGCUGAUGUGUGGUUGAAUAUUUUAUCAAUUGCGAUAAAUUCCGACAUUUUUUCGCACGUGAUUAAAGUUAGUAGAUUUUGAUUCAUUAUACUCAUAAAAAUAUUGUUAACAAUCUGGACUAUUUUGCAUAUUUUACAGUUUUAUACGUUAUUAUUUUUAUGUCAUUUUUUUGCAAAGACUUAACAUGUGUUUUUUUUAAAUUUGUACAAAUGAUGGGUAAUAAAAACUAAUAAAGAUUUAAAAAUAAAAA